AGAGCUCCUAAUACCGCGAACAUGGAGAGGAGGAAAGGAGUGCAAUUGCUGGUGCUCUUUCGGCUGCUCUCCUUGGCAGCCUGCCUUGAUCGGAGCCACUUCCCUCCGUCGUUUCUCUUUGGCACUUCAACUUCUUCUUACCAGAUUGAAGGUGCCUACUUGGAAGACAACAAAAGCUUGAGCAAUUGGGACGUGUUCACGCAUAUACCAGGACACAUCAAGGACGGCAGCAAUGGAGACAUCGCGGAUGAUCAUUAUCACCGCUAUAUGGAGGAUAUUGAAUUGAUGCACUCCCUCGGAGUCAACUCCUACAGGUUCUCCAUAUCAUGGUCCAGAAUUCUACCGAGAGGCAGAUUCGGAGGGAUUAAUCCACAAGGGGUUGCGUUCUACAACAAACUCAUCGAUGCCUUAUUGCUCAAAGGCAUACAACCAUUUGUCACACUCAAUCACUAUGACAUUCCACAAGAACUCGAAGACCGAUACGGCGCAUGGCUAAGUGCACAGAUACAGAAAGACUUUGGAUACUUUGCAGAAGUAUGUUUCGAGGAAUUUGGCGACAGGGUUAAAUACUGGACUACUUUUAAUGAGCCAAAUGUUAUGGUGAAAUUUGGAUAUGGGAAUGGAAAGUACCCUCCCAACCAUUGCUCACAGCCAUUUGGUAACUGUUCUUCGGGUGACUCAAGCACAGAACCAUAUGUUGCUGCACACAACGUGAUAUUGUCCCAUGCAACUGCUGUCGAAGUAUACAAGACAAAGUAUCAGGCAAAACAAGGAGGCAGCAUAGGAAUUGUCAUGGCCACCACCUGGUUCGAACCACUAAGGGAUGUCCCAGCGGACCGAGCAGCAGCUCGACGAGCGCAGUCAUUUUAUGUUCCAUGGUUUCUUGACCCUAUAAUAUAUGGGGAUUAUCCUCCUGCGAUGAGGCAAAUUUUGGGCUCGAGGCUUCCGAGAUUCUCAACCAGUGACAAGAAGAAGCUGCAGCACAAAUCAGACUUCAUCGGAGUAAACCAUUACACGAGCUCAUAUGCAAAAGACUGCAUGUUCUCCCCCUGCGAGGGAGGUGGCUCCGAAGGUGAUGCAUCAGUGCUCACUACCGGAGAGAGAAACGGAUUGGCAAUCGGGAAACCGACUGCAAUGCCAAACUUCUACGUUGUUCCUCGUGGCAUGGAGAAGAUUGUCAUGUACAUCAAGAAAAGAUACAAGAACAUCCCUAUGUUCAUUACUGAAAACGGUUAUCCACAGGGAAGUGACCACAAUACAUCUGUGAAGGACCUGUUGAACGACAAGGAUAGAGUGGAAUACUUGCGAAGCUACCUCUCUUCUUUACACAAGGCAAUGAGGCAAGGUGCUGAUGUGAGGGGCUACUUUGUGUGGUCUCUCAUAGACAACUUCGAGUGGUUAUAUGGAUACACACUAAGAUUUGGACUCUAUCAUGUCAACUAUGAGACUCAAGAAAGGACUCCAAAGCUAUCUGCAACUUGGUAUCAAGAGUUCCUUGAAGACUCCCAAGUGCUGAUUCAGAAGACAUAGAAUGAGAUGAAAGUAUAUGUGGCAUUGUUAAUGCUAAGUUGGAUGUAGAUAAUUAUUAUUAUUAUUAUGUAACACAUUUAUUGUAUCUAAGAAAAUAUCUGUUAUAUGGUACUGUAAACAUUGUUCUAUGA